AUGCCCUUGGAGGAGUCCUACGCCGUGGGGACCGUGCUGAGUUACAAGUGCCGCCCGGGGUACACGAUGGCCAGGGACAAGUUGCCCCACGUCACCUGCCUCUCCAACUCCAGCUGGUCGUCAGACUCUGACUUCUGCAUCGGAAAGUCGUGCGGUCCACCGGACAUCGCGAAUGGCAUCUUUCACUACACGACCGACCUCCUGUUUGGGGCGACGAUAACCUACACCUGUAACGUUGGGUACCGAUUAGUUGGGAAGCAGUCUGUGCGAUGUGUACUUAAAAACAAUGAAGUUUCUUGGGAUAGCACGCCAUACUGUGCCAGUAUUCCCUGUUUGCCACCUCCUGAGAUCGAGAACGGGCAGCUCAUCAACAAGGACAGAGACUUCACCUUUGGCAUGGCUGUAACUUACAGCUGUAACAAAGGUUUCGCUCUCAUUGGAGAUGCCACGAUUCACUGUACGAUGGAUGAGGAAUUCCAGGGAAUAUGGAGCAGUCCAGCCCCUCAAUGCAAAGUGGUCAGAUGUAAAAAUCCAGAAGUGAAAAAUGGGAGAAGGUUAUCUGGCUUUGGCACUGAGCACACGUAUGAAAAUACAGUGACCUUUGAGUGUAAUCCUGGCUAUUUAUUGAAUGGUAGUAGUGUAGUUACUUGUGAAGCAGACAGUACCUGGAAGCCACCUCUGCCAACAUGCGACCCCAUCUACUGCGGUCCUGCUCCACACUUCCCUUUCGCUGAGUUAACAAGGGCUGUGGGUGACAGCUCUCUUGCUGGAACUACGCUGAUGUAUCGGUGUAAACCGGGUUAUACUACAGCAAAUGGAAAGUCCUCUGUUGUCACUUGUCUAAGUGAUAGAACUUGGUCUGCAGACCCAGACUUCUGUAUACGACAGCAAUGUACUCCUCCCACGAUAGAGAACGGGGAUGUGAUUGCAGAGAAUUUCCUCUUUGAGACAGUUGUGACAUUCAUCUGUCAUCCUGGGUAUGAAUUAAAGGUAUCAUCUACUGCCAAAUGUGUGGUAUUGGGAGAUGGAGUCGAUUGGGAUACGGCAUCACCAUCCUGUGAAAGACAGCUCCCUGAUGUUCUCUGUGAAGAGCCCCCAACGAUUGACAACGGGAUGCACAACGGCACAAAGGGCGCAAACUUUGUCCAUGGCUCCACUGUAGCUUAUAAAUGCAAGGAUGGCUUCACCCUUGCUGGACCGACCUUUCUUCAGUGUAUGGCAGGAGAUCAAUACCAGGGAGUCUGGAGCAAGCCCACUCCUGAAUGCAGAGGUGGAGCGAACUUGAUCAUUGUCGGAAUCUUCCCCCUCCUCCUGGCAAUGCUGGUUAUGAACGUCUAG